AUGGUUGGCACGGAAUUCAUAGACUACGUCUCCAAAUUCCAACUCGCUGGCUACGCAGGGGUUGAGGAUUUCGCGGACAAGUUCAACUUUAUCUUUACGGUCAUCAUUAUCUCCGUCUGCACUCUCGUCGUGACGGUAAAACAGUACAUUCUAAAACCCAUAUCCUGCUACAUUGCGACCGAAGUUGGUGGAACGAAUCUUCUCAACUAUGUUGAAAAUUACUGUUGGGUGCAGGGCACCCUUCCAAUAUCCUACUCUGGAAAAAUGCCUUCGACGGACAGCGCUUGGCAAGAAAUGGAAGCUAAGAAAAUACGUGAGUUAUCACGAUUCUAG